AUGCCUGCUGAAUCACCCUACCCAUCUAUUGAUAUCCCGGACUGCGGGAUAUGGGAUCUGCUAUUCGAUCGGAAAGACCGCAACUACGGCAAUGAACAAGUCAUCUUCCACGAUCCAUAUACCUCCCGGAAGUACACAUAUGGCCAGCUCAAACAAACCGCAGCCGACUUUGGCAAAGGCCUCCGAGGACUCUGGGACUGGCAACGAGGAGAUGUCCUUGGCGUCUACUCCCCCAACUGCGUCGACACGCCAUCAGUAACAUGGGGUGUUCACUUCGCCGGCGGCGUGGUCUCUCCCGCCAAUCCAGGCUACACGGUCGAAGAACUGGCCUUCCAACUCAAGGACUCCGGCGCCAAAGCCCUCAUCACCCAAACCGCACAACUCCCCAUCGCCCUCGAAGCCGCCAAACAAGUCGGCAUCCCCAAUGACCGCAUCAUCCUCAUGGGCGACCAGCGGGACUCCCGCUUCAAACACUUCACCUCCAUCCGCAACACAUCCGGCACCGCCCGCUACCGCCGCGCCAAAGUGAACCCGGAUAAGGAUCUGGCCUUCCUAGUCUACAGCUCCGGCACCACCGGGAAACCAAAGGGCGUCAUGCUGAGCCACCGCAACAUUGUCGCCAACAUCCUACAAAUGCAGAGCAAGGAAGCCAACAUAACGGAGAAGGACUCCAUCCUGGCCUUUUUGCCGUUUUUCCACAUUUAUGGACUGACUUGCAUCAUGCACUUCGCCCUUUACAAAGGCGCCCGCUGCGUGAUCAUGCCCAAAUUCGACAUCGAAGACUGGUGCCGCAUCGUGCAAAACGAAAAGAUUACCUUCGCCUACGUCGUGCCACCGGUCGUGCUUCUCCUCUCCAAACACCCAGUAGUAGAGAAAUACGACCUCUCGUCCCUGCGCAUGAUGAGCUCCGGCGCCGCACCUCUCACAAAGGAAAUCGUCCACGCGGUCCACAAACGCACAUCCCUCAAAGUGAAGCAGGGCUACGGCCUGUCUGAAACCUCUCCGUCGACGCACAUGCAGCAGUGGGAGGACUGGGAACGGCACAUAGGGUCCGUGGGACAGAUGCUUCCGAACCAGACCGCCAAAUUCAUGGACGCUGAAGAUAAGGAAGUCCCCGUCGGUGAGGUGGGAGAACUCUGGAUCAAGGGCCCGAAUAUCUUCAAAGGCUACCUUAACAACCCGGAAGGAACGAAGAAUGCUCUUACCGAGGACGAUUACUUCAAGACCGGCGACGUGGGAUAUCUCGACAAAGACGGAAACUUCUUCAUCACCGACCGCGUGAAGGAGCUGAUCAAAUACAAGGGGUUCCAAGUCCCUCCUGCCGAGCUGGAAGGCGUGUUGGCGUCCCACGACAAAAUCGACGACGUGGCGGUGAUCGGCGUCUACCGCGAGGACAUCGCGUCUGAAGUUCCGCUGGCGUAUGUGGUGCCGAAGAAGGGCGUGCAAGCGGGCAAGCAGCUGGAAGGCGAGAUAGCGGAGUGGUUGGCGAAGAAAGUCGCUGGGCAUAAGCGUCUUCGCGGAGGGGUGAAGUUCACGGAUGAGAUCCCGAAGAGUGCGAGUGGGAAGAUUCUGCGGCGGUUGUUGAAGGGCAGGUAUGAGGAGGAGAUGAAGAAGGGGGUGAAGGCGAAGUUGUGA